GAAAGAAUGCCCGGAUUGACCGCCGAUCAGGAUGCCGACCACCCCCACAUACCCGCCACCGGACGACCCGACCGUCCUGGCCUCCUCGCUGCACACGCUGCCCCCCUCCCCGUUCCUCCACCCUGAACAGUUCGGCAUGCUCCCCCUGCCCGAGUCUCCCGUCUUCCGCGCCACACCGUUGUCCCACCACAGGCACACGCCCUCGUCUUCAGUCACCGGCGAGUCGCCUCGGUCCGUCAGCGCGCCGUUCCCUCUGCGCCACGCCUGGGUACCUUCGACGCCAUCAUUCCAGUUCGACAACAUCGAGAAAGGCAAGGAGCGGGAGACGUAAAGCCGUCUUGCGCCCCAGCCUUCCCACCUCGAUACCCCUUUUGGAUUUGCAAAACACCCUUUAAUAAUGCUGCAUCGACACAAUAAACGCCAAUGUACACCACGCUCCUUUUGAGAAAGAGACAAUACGCCGAGCCCCGGAGCCCCGAGCCAGACUCGACGCCUUCCCUGGCCACGCCCAACAUGACACUCCUUUGUUACCAACUACAUACGGCCUCGACGGUAACACACACAUACACACACACUAUAGCGCUAAUCUACGACGACACUCCUUUCUGAUUCUCUCGAAGAUGAUACCCCUCCACGCCAUACACAAGCACCAAAAUAUAGACGUUCCUUACGGCAUCACAUGAUACCCCUACUGCAUCACACUCCUUAUCACGACGUUACGAACCUCUCCCCCAAACCAAAAAGCAUUUUUCGGAUUAUAGAAGGGGGGAAGGGAAGAAAAGACUCACACUCCUUACGGAUUAACAUUGGCCACAACAAUCCAAACUUGCAUAGCGAUUUGUUUUUCGUGUUUGAUGCAAAACACAACACAACCAACACUCGGCGUUCUAGGGGAAACAACAAUCACCACCACACGGGGAAAGGAUGAGCUUUUGAUCUCUCCGAACAUCUGCAUUGGGCGGCGUUUUAUUUUGAUUUCUUGAUAUUUGUUGCUGUUAAUACCGGGACGGAGGCUUGACUCGCCGGAGAGCAAGCUUUUAUUUAUUUAUUGUAGCCAUGAGAAUUGCGGGAAACAGUCUUGGAUUUAAUGGAGCCUUUCAACAGCCCGCUGGUGAUUUUCUCAAGUGUUGGGCUUUUCAUUUUUGUAAUGAUCUUGGACUUCUUUUGAUAGCUUGGGCAUGUUCCUAAACUUUGCUCACAGAUGAAAGAGACACGGAAGAAUACAGAACUUGAUUGACGCACAAA